AUGGCCACAAAAAGGAAAUCACCACGCAUUCAGCAUCCUCCGGAAUACUAUCGGUCGAAGCGUAAACAUCUCGCUAAGCAUGGUGCCAUUCGAAAGCGCCAUGCAGACACGACCAAAGUGAAUAUGCACGGGGUCAAGUUGAAAUGGACGAGGCACUGCUGCCACUUGUCUGUCAAUGACAUCAGUCACCUCGAGAAUGCCUCCAAAGAAGACAUUAUGACGUUUUUAGAGUGGAUGCUGGAUACGUACCGGCGAAUACGCAAACGAAGCACUGUUCACGCAUAUAAAAGGAUCCUUUUUCAGGUUUACCGGAAAUCCGUUGGUGUUGAUUUCAACAACCAGGCAAAUGAAGAGAUCAAUGAUUAUAUUAAUGGAUAUCUCACAAUUCGUUACAAGCUGGACACAUCUAUUAAUGAGAAGCCGGUUAUGGAUGUCGAUGACGUUUACUUAGUGCAGCAUCAUCACUGGGUCCACGAUACAUCUGUCUUUCCGGACGAGCGCCAACGAAUACAACUGGCACUUCUGAUCCUUCUGCAAGCAUACACGGCAACGCGUCCGAGGGUUUUUGCGUACAAAAAGCUGAACAGGAAAGCCAUCAAUGAUCACUAUUUUAGUAUUGAUGAUGAAGAUACAGAAUCGGAAGACUAUACGGAGGAAUGGGACCCGAAAGAAGAUGACUUUAAGACAAUUACAUACGGCGACGUCAAGUUGAUACUUAUCAAAAACCCGGAAGAAGGAAGAGAUCUUCCAGCAAUGGAAGUGACGCUUAGGUAUACUAAAGGGUGGGAGAGGAGAGAGAAUCCGAAAACGUUCAUUUUCUACGAGGUGGAUGACCUUUUAUUCGAUGCCGUCCUUCAUCUUUUGGCUCUUGCCAUUCUGGAUCAAGCCUUCGAGGCAAAUAUUCAAACAGUUCAAGACUUCUACAAGAUAAAAGUCCGCCCCCCUAGACGCUCACUUGAGUUUGAAUGGAGAAAGGACAUCUCAAACAAGCCCAUCUUUCGACAAGCGGUGCCAACCAGCGACGGAACGGUCCGAACAUCCGACACGGAGGCACUCCGUUAUCAUACGUACCUUUACUACCUUCAGAGGCUGGGACUUGUUACGGGGUUUAUGCAAAUCUUAAAUCCAUACUGCAUCCGACGCGGUGCUGGAGAAGGUGUUGAAGCCGUUGCGACGCAGGCGCAACUUCAGCAGGUCAUGUGUCAUAUAAACGCAGCCACCUACCAAGCCUACAUUAACCAGCGCGUCCAGUGUGACACUGUCGCGGCCUUCCUUGGUCGCCCUUCAAACAAGGCUUUGUUGAAAGCAGCGGGUCAUAUGAGUCGCAACGUCGACCCGCGAGCUCCAACCAAUGCCAGUCAUCUUGAACUUGAAAACAUCAGAACAAAUCCGACGCUGGUCAAACUUAUUGAGCUUCGGGAUAGCCUGAGCCGAGAAGUUCGUCGUGAGUCGGGGAGCAUUAGAGAAGCAGAAGUGCAUGGCACAAAACUGCAUCAGCUGUAUCGUACCGUGGAAAAUAAAGUACGAUCAACGAGAGCAUAUCUCCGGAAGCUGGCCAAAGCAACAACACGACAAGAGUUUUUCAGCACGAUCAGCACCCUAGAAAUAAAUUCUCAACUGGAGGAUGAAGCCGGUUCACUCCUUGACCUUGGCCCCGAUACGUGGAGCCCCCAACCUUCUUACAAUCUGGAAGAGCGCCGGCUGCUAGCGGAGCUUAUAUGCGCCGAUACGUGCGAUUUAGAUGAUGGAAUGAAGUUGAAACAUCGCAUUUAUACUACAAAUGCAAUGAUACUGCUUGGGAGAGAGCGGGAACAGCGGCGUGUGAAGUCUGGGGCGAAGAUCAAGACGGAUCACUUUCCCACAAAAUGUGAGACGAACCAAUGCUUCAUGUGCUUCUGGGAUGACCGUGCGCCUCCAAGUCAAAGGUUUAAAAAGUUUUGCUCCUCUUAUCGAGCAAGGGAUCACCUCAUAUCUCGGCAUCUCAAAGGGCUUGUUGAACACUCGGUGAUGUGCCCUGAGCCAAGAUGCCGAGACAAGAAGCUUGUGUUCCACGAACUUCAAUCCUUACAAGCUCACCUGACAGCGGCUCAUAGCUAUAAUAACUUCAACAGAUAUAAGGGUCUGGGGAAAUUUUGA